UACGAAUCGAUUGAUGUGGGUGGGGAGAGUUAUUUCUAUACUAAAUCGUAUCCUGAUGAAAUUCAGAAAUAUAAGUAAAUUGUGUCAAAUACUUAAAUAUUAUGAUAUUGACGUGUAAUACGCACUAUUAAUUAUUAUAUUUAAAAAUUCAGAAUCGAUUAAGUUGAGUUUGACUAGUCGUGUCGAAGCGUUACGUGCGCCGAGCUGGAGAAAGUCCACAACUAUAGUGAUCUAUGCUACAAGAUAGUACAUUUCAAACGGUAUUAUGAAUGAAAACAUGCGAAAGCGUUUAUUUUGAUAUGCCCUAUGAAUUUCUAUUUAUGGGUUCGUGGAAUUUGCGGUUGUGUACAAUGGACGGAUAAGGGAAGUAAAGGGGAAGGUGACUGUCAGUCCUACAUUACUGCAAUAGUGUAAUUGGGCUAAUUAUAUAUAAAUCCACAUUGGCUAUAAACAUGCACGCACAAAAUAAUUUAGAGAUCUAGAGAUUUUUUCAAGUUCAUCAAGCUUUAAUUUAGCUAGAUAGAGAUUGAGGCUCCACGAACUUAAAGACUUUAUAAUGGCAUACAAAUACAGAUCAUUAUUUCUAAGAUCAGCCCAACAGGUCUUCAGGUAUUCACCCUGUGUGGUGUGUAUGAAUAGCAAAAGCUCCUUGCCUGCCACCAACCAUUUUUAUGCCAUAAAACCAGUUUUCCCCACCCUGGCAUGGACUUAUAACUUCUCUAGAAGCUGCACAAGUUAUACUUCAGGUCAAAGCCGUUUUUCUUUGAGGACCCACACAUGUGGAGAAUUGUGCUCCAGUCAUAUAGACGAAGAGGUUACUUUAUGCGGCUGGAUUCAGUACUUGAGACAAGAUCUUUUUGUGAUCUUGAGAGACUUCAGCGGAUUGGUGCAAAUUUUUAUCCCACAGGAUGAGUCCAAAUCUGAACUGAAGAAUGCUUUUCUUGGCCUCACAGUGGAGUCUGUCAUCAUGGUCAAAGGAAGGGUCAGGCGUAGACCAGACGGACAGGAGAAUAAGAAAAUGUUUACUGGAGAAAUUGAGGUCUGCGCUAAGAGCAUGGAAGUGUUGAAUGCCUGCCGAAAACUGCCUUUUGAAAUUAAAGAGUUUGUCAAAAAAUCAGAAGCCCUACGGAUGCAAUAUCGCUAUCUUGAUCUUCGAUCAUCCAGAAUGCAGUACAAUUUAAGACUACGAUCACAAAUGGUGAUGAAAAUGAGGGAUUACCUUUGCAAUUUUCAUGGAUUUGUGGACGUUGAAACACCAACAUUGUUUAAAAGAACACCUGGGGGUGCCAAAGAGUUUGUGGUGCCAUCUGGAGACCCUGGGAAGUUCUACUCUCUUCCACAGAGCCCACAGCAGUUCAAACAGCUUCUUAUGGUGGCUGGCAUAGACCGGUACUUUCAGCUUGCUCGCUGCUACAGAGACGAGGGCUCCAAGCCUGACAGACAGCCUGAAUUCACACAGGUUGAUAUUGAGAUGUCCUUUGUGGACCAAGCUGGAGUCAUGAAUUUGAUUGAAGGCUUGCUCCAAUACUCCUGGCCAGAGGACAAAGGACAGAUUAAUGUUGCCUUUCCCACCAUAACUUAUGAGGAGGCCAUGAGAGACUACGGAGUUGACAAACCAGACACUAGAUUUGGGAUGAAGCUUGUGGAUGUCACAACAGCAUUCCAAGGUACACAGAUCGAUUUCAUCAAGGAUGUACUCCUUCAGUCAGGGGGCUGCGUUCAGGCCAUCUGUGUUCCAGAGGGAAUGAAACACCUGAAGGGUAAAGACUUAGAGUUCCUUAAACAAGCGGCCAAGACACAGUAUGGCCAGGAGGUGAGUGUGGCUCCAGUAAGGGCAGAUGGUUCAAUGAAAUCCUCUCUCAGCCGGCUGCUCUCGGAUGAGGCCAGACAGCAGCUGCUCCAGAUGGCCCAGGCCAAUGCUGGGGACCUGAUCUUAAUCACAGCCGGACCCCGAGAGAAUGUGCGCCCUCUGCUGGGGAAGCUGAGACUGCAGUGUGCUGAGCUGCUUGAGGACUAUGGCAUGCCUGUUCGUGACCCCUCACUCUUUCACUUCCUGUGGGUGGUGGACUUUCCCCUCUUUUUGCCCAAAGAGGAUGACCCAGAGAUGUUGGAGUCUGCUCACCAUCCCUUCACUGCUCCAGUCCCUGAGGACGCCCAUCUGCUGUAUACCCAACCACACAAGGUGCGUGGCCAGCAUUAUGACUUGGUUCUGAACGGCUGUGAGAUUGGGGGAGGUUCUAUCCGCAUCCACAAUGCCUCUCAGCAGCUGUAUGUCCUGGAGACCAUACUCAAGGAAGACCCAUCCCUUCUUUCUCAUCUGUUAGAGGCUCUGGACUCCGGAGCCCCUCCACAUGGUGGAAUUGCAUUAGGGCUGGAUCGACUGGUCUCCAUCAUUGUAGGAGCUCCCAGUAUACGGGAUGUCAUAGCUUUUCCAAAAUCAUUCAAAGGCCACGACCUUAUGAGUCGCUCCCCAGACUUUGUCUCUGAAGAUGACCUGAAGCCGUACCAUAUUUCUGUGAUCUGGCCUAACAAGGAGACAGAGGGAAAACAGGACAAUUCUAUAUAAGCACUUAAAAAUGUAAAUUCUUUCAUCAGUUACUCACCCUAAUGUAAUUCCAAACUGUAUCACUUUAUUUCUUGAGGGGAACGCAAAAGUAGAUGUUUAGCAGAAUGUUUACAGUAAUUUUUUGUUUUCUCCAUACGAUGAAAAUGGAUGGUGACCAGGGGCAUUUAAACUCAUAAAAGUUAAUUAUAAACAUUCAUGCACUGUAUUCCAAGUAUUCUGUUUCCAUACAGUAACUUUGUUUUAGUAACAGACUGAAAUUUAAAUAAUUCAUCGAAAAUCUUGACAUGCUUGACAGCCUAGGUCCCUAUUAGCUUAAAUUGUAAGGAAAAGAGCAGCUUUGCCAUUCUGGUUUAAAUAACUCUUUUUGUUUUCAAAGGAAGAAAGUUAAACCGGUUUCAAGCGACAUGAGGGUGUGUAAAUUAUGCCAUAAUUUUAAUUUUUUUGAUGAACCUUUCCUUUAAUUUGUGUAUGAUGUUCAUGAAUUCCAUUGGGAACGUGUGAUCACCAUUUGUGCCCAUGCCUUGUGAUGGACUUUUUUCCUUUACAACAGAGGAAGCAGGAUUACUUACGUUUCUGUGAGAAUUGAACUGUCUUCUGAGUGAAUGUGAUAUUUAAGUCCCUAUUGCUUCAUGAUCCAGAGUUGUCUUCUGUGCUGUAUCAACAGAUGACUCAUGUACACUACCGUUUAAAAGUUUGGGGUCAUUUGACUGAAAUGUUUCUCAUGUUCUUAAAAAACGUUUGAUCUGAAGGCAUAUGCAUAAAUGUUUGAAAUUAGUUUUGUAGACAAAAAUAUAAUUGUGCCAACAUAUUAAUUUAUUUAAUUACAAAACUAGUAUUUUAUUUAAAAAAAAAAAAAGAAGACUUGGACCGAAUAAUUAAGAAAAGCAGCCACUUAGUGCCCAGCCUAUAGAUGGGAACUCUGUUUAAAAAGCAUCCCAGGGUGAUACCUCAAGAUGUUGGUUGAGAAAAUGCCAAGAGUACAUUUCUGAAAAUUCUAAGCAAAGGGUGGCCACUUUGAAGAGGCUAAAAUAUAACAUGGUUUUGAUUUAUUUAGGAUUUUUUUAGUCACAACAUAAUUCCCAUAUUUCCAUUUCUACUAUUCCAUAGUUUUGAUGACUUUACUAUUAAUAUAAAAUAAAUAAUAAAGAAUGAGUAAGUGACCCUAAACUUUUGAACGGUGGUGUACAUCCUCAUCAAAACAUGCUCUAUAAUUAGUGUUUUCAAGUAUAAUUUUUUUCAUUAAAUUCAUUGAUGUAUGAAAAUGUGUUCCAUGCAUUCUAUGCUUUAGUUUCGUAGAGAGGGUGGGUUGUGAGAGUGGGUGAAUAUUUCAGUAGAGGGCAGCAUUGUUCCAUUGCAAGUGUUUACAUUGCUCAAUGCUCUUUCCCCCCAUCCAGAUGACCUGCGGUGGAGGCAGCGUGCACGCAUACCAUAUCUUACAUGUUUUUCCAACACUAGACAUACCAAAUAAAUUUCAGUUUUUGCAGUGAUGCCUUAUCUGCAAAAGCAGAUUCUCAUUUUUCAUGCCCAGGUAGUGUUAGUUUGAAGCAGACAUUUGUGUUGGAUUGGAAAAAGGCCGCCAAGCUGUGAACACCAUUCUUUGUGUAUGACAUACAGCUUUUGCUGUUCAACUAAUUAUUUUUUCUCUUAGGUACCCACUCACCGCUUCCAGUCAUGGACAUGUUUACUUUGAAAUAACUGCCCACAUCCAACAGCGAUGCAGGUAGAUGUUUCGAUUAAAGCUUUAGAACAGGGGUCUUUAAGCUCUUUCAGUCCAAAGACCACUUGAUGGAUAGAGAGAGAGCAAGGAUGUAUAACGUAUUGUUUGAAAUUGAGUGUUGCGUUUUAAGACUGGCUUAAUAAUGUGUACAAUACCAUACUAAUGUAUUUACGUACUUUAUUGUGAUGCUUACAUUGCAAAGCCAUUAAAAUAAUCAGUAUUGAUGUACCGAGUUGUAUAGGCCUAGCUGUACUUUUUUUUUACUAAGUAAAAUUAAAUGUACUGUAUGCAAGCCUAAAGGAAUAGUUCACCCAAAAAUUACAAUUCUCUCAUAAUUUACUCACCCUUAUGUCAUCCCAGAUGUGUGUGACUUUCUUUCUUGUGCUGAACACAAAAGAAGAUUUUUAGAAGGAUAUUUCAGCUCUGUUGGUCCAUUCAAUGCAAGUGAAUGGUGUUCAGAAUGUUGAGUAAACUAUCUAUAUUAAAGAUGGUCAUAAAUAUUCUUAUAUUUAUCCACCCUAUUUUGCAACAGGGAAGUAAACAAGUAUUUGCAGUAUUUUCAUGCCUCCAUGUAAACCUCCAUUCAUAUUUAUGUCCAAAAACCUUCUUUAUUUUCAAAGUCGAUGUUUUCACAAGCCAUGAAUGCAAAAUCUGCAUGUUUAUCAAAAGCUGCUAAAUGGACGACACUUCUGAUCUUUCCUUCUGUUGUAUCACAUCUCUGAUUGCCUAAAAAGCUAAAAUAGCCAUGAAAGAAAGAGAGAAUGUUCUCUGGAAAAAUAAGGAGUUUAUUAUUUUGCCAAGAUGAAACAAGGUGCGGUUUUGGUGCAGUUAUUGUUGAAGAAGCAAUAAGAGUGCACACUAAGUCGAGAUGUUUUUUGCAUUUGUUUUCUGCUCUCUUUAUUUCUCGUCUGGUUGUGUUAAAUUUGUGGUAGCCAUGACUGUCCAUUUUAGCACCUGAUCUCUCAUUCAUUGAUAGUUCCCAUGGUCUAGCAGUUGUCUGCCUGUGCAACAGCACGUGAUGAAUGGAUGGAAAAAAGCGAUAAACUGUAAAACAAUAUGCGCUACAUACCAAUGUGUUUAUAAAAAAUAAUAAUGAAUGAAAAUAAUAUGAUGACAUUCAUUGGCUGCCAGCAGCAUAAAGCUGCUAAAUUUAGUAUUUUUGAAUCUUUAAACUAGCUGGAGAUGGCUGAUAGCUCAAGCGGCCAACAUCCAAGUUUGUAAAUGGCCACGCCCAUGUUACGUUGAAAAAUAUGGUGGAAAGUCCAUAUAACUAUAUUUACACGGACUAAGCAACAGAAAGUCUAGUAGCUGUGUAUGUGAUUUGAUUGUGUGUGUGGACAUUCCCUUUUAGUGUAAAUUAACAUGAAACUUAUGAGCUUUCCUUCUGGUGUAUCACAUCUUCUCUGAUUGCCUAAAUAGCCAAAAUGGCCAUUAGUUUGUGCAUGAUACAAAUACACAGAAAAGGUCACAUAAAGGACACUGAAUUUCCCCUCUACAUUGAGUUUGCAAGUCUUGUAGUACUGUAACUCUCUGUGACUAUGGAAGAAGGAUAAUUAUAAUGGAAUCCAGCUGGGAUGCUUUUAGGCAUCCCUAAUUUGUUUCUGUGUAAUUCUGCCUAUUUUGUAAUCUUGGGGGACCAUGCUCUGUGGAGAAUAAACCAAAUGAUUUGAAGGGAAGACCCUUUAGGUAACUCGCAAACAUGGUGGGGGAUAAUGAGCUCUCUGCCUUUAUACCUUAUGUUUUCAAACGGCUGUUUUUCAAAGCACUCAGACUAGAUCCAAAAGAAAUAACUGGCUUGUGCUUUUUGCUGUUUGUCAAUCAAGGAAUAUAGGUUGCCUUGCCCAUGAGAUACACAUAAUUUAUUUCCACGAAAGUGUGACUCACAGGUCUCAUCACUGUUUUGUUCCUUUUUUUGCCCCUAGCUUGAAAGUCAACACAAAGACUUUUUGAACAACAAACAAUUAGUGGCUUCGAAGUCAAAGUUCACGUGUUUUGUCAUGCAUUGGAAAUUGAGUUGCACAUGUUCAACCUCUAUAUUUGAACAUAUAGAACUAGUCGUUAUUAGCUAUGCAUUUAUGAGUCAAUAUAAUAAAAAUGCAUCUUGUAUAUC